CACUCCCAAGAUGGCGCCUCCCUGGCGCUUACCUACCGCUGUGUUUGGAGUCUUUUGCUGGUGGUUCGUUGCCAUUUUCUGUGUUAUGGCAGACGAUGGAAUACUGAAGUGCGACGAGCUGCGUCUGGGACAAUAUAUCUGUAAAGACCCAGAAAUAAACCCUGCAACGCAAGAACCUGUUAGGUGUGCGAACAACACAUCUUAUGCACCAUGUUUUCCGGCUCCUAAUAUUUCCUGUAAGGAUUAUGGUGGAAAUGUGACAAUGUUUUCUGGUAAUGAAGUAGGGUUUUACAGGCCCUUUCCUUGCCGCAAUGUAAAUGGCUAUUCUUACAAAGUGGCAGUUGCUCUCUCCUUAUUCCUUGGAUGGCUGGGAGCUGAUAGGUUUUAUCUUGGAUACCCAGCGCUAGGAAUGCUAAAGUUUUGUACUGUGGGGUUCUGCGGGAUUGGAAGUCUCCUUGAUUUCAUACUGAUCUCCAUGCAGAUUGUGGGACCAUCAGAUGGAUCAAGCUAUAUUAUUGAUUACUACGGAGCUAGACUUGUCCGACUUAGUAUUAACAAUGAGACAUUUAGAAAAACGCAGUCCUACCCGUAAUCCACUAGCAAGUCUCUAUAAUAGAUUUUUUUUUUUUUUUUUUUUUUAAAGAUCUGACCUGGAGUAUUCCUUCUAGUGUAUCUAAUUGAUGCAGAGGAUUUACCUCUGGAUUAUAACUGGUACUGGAAGCAAUGUAAUGCUUUACAAGGCGUCUCCCCAGUCGCUCGCUAAUGGCAAAUACAUAUCAAGAAGUGUGUACAACCCGUCCUCAUUCCAGCAAUUGAAAAAUCAAAGAAACAUGAGAGGGGGAACAAAAAGGUGCUUUAAGAUUUUCAGUUUAAAGAUGCGUUUUACAAGGAGUUUGUUGCUGUCUUUUCCACAUAAAGUCAAAAAGAAUAAAGCGUGUUGCAAAGAAAAUGCUUUGGUUGGACAUUAAAUAACCUCCGACACAGCCUUUUCCAUUUUAUCUUUCUAGCAGCUGGGCAUAUAUGCUUUGUUAGUAAGAGUUUAUUUUUCUGCAUUUGCAGAUCACAAAGUUGUUUUGUUUUUUUUAUAUAUAUUUUAGUUUUCCAAUUGAUCUUGAUUAAAAAGCCAUGUGCAAAGUUACACAUUUAAUUGGAGAUUUAAAGUAAUAUUUUCUUUCUUACAUUUGAAAGGCUAUUAAAUUAAUUACUUUUUUAAUUUUGAAACUUACUGUGCUUUUAAAAAAAAAAAAAAAAUAUAUAGUUCUAUGACUGUAGUGAGCAGUCUAUCCCUAGAGGUAAGUUUUUGUUCACAAACAUGCACUUCCUGUUUUAUCAAUGACUAAUAAGGGACAUUCUACAACAAAGCGUGACAUGCUUUACACCAUCAUACUUGGCAUUUUUGUAUAACUGGUCCUAGCUUAAUAUGGGUUUGGCCACCACAAAUGAGUUAAAUUUAUUUGUAAUGCAACAUUUGCAGUUCCCAGCAGAAAAAAAACAGUGAUUGGUGGCUACAUGUAACUGCCAUUCUUGAUUGGCUCUCUGGCUGUGUUCUGCUUCAUGAUGAUGCGGCUGUGCGUGCUCAGUGUGUCCUGCCUGGUCGCGUAGCUGAGUGCUCAGAGUUGAAAUAUUUGAACUUUAGAUGUGGUGCGAAGCAUCUGCUUUGCCUUGCGCCGGAUCGCUUGCAGUGUGUCACAGCCUUUAACCAGUGUGUUUAACCCCUUAACAGUUAAACACACAUUGUCCGUAAUUAACACAUGUAAUUUUUGCGUUAGGAUGUCUUUUAAAAGACUAUUAAAUAGAAUUACAUAAUAAACAGGUGCAUACUAAAAACACAAUGCAAAAAUACAAUCUGAAUUUCAUAUGAGUUUUAGAUUUUUUGGCAACCACCUUUUUGUGCAAAGAAAGGAGCAAAAUGUAUGUUGUUGUUUUUUAAAGAUAUGCAGAAGCCACUUUGUCAGUUCCUUAUGUGCAUUAAAGUUGGUAAAAUAUCUUUCUGUGCUUUUGUAAACAUUUUGAAAAGCAAGUGUCUUUUCAGUCCUAGGCAAAUAAAUGGAGCCUAACAGGAAGUACCUUUACUAUUGUAAUUGUUAACUUCAAAAACAUAGCCAAAUGCAAUAAGAUACAAUUGUAGUUAAAGGGACAGUCUACAAUAGAAUUGUUAUUGUUUAAAAAGAUAGUUAAUCCCUUUAAUUACCAUUCCCCAGUUUUGCACAAGUUAUAUUAAUAAUCUUUUUUUUUUUACCUCUGUGAUUACCUUGUAUCUAAGCCCUUUUUUUCAGUCCUUUUGACAGACUUGCAUUUUAGCCAAUCAGUGCCCUCCCAUAAGUAACUUCAAGGGAGUGAGCAAAAUGUUAUCUAUAUAGCACACAUGAAUUAACACCCUUUAGUUGUUAAAAAAAAAACAAAAAAAAAAACGGUUACAUGCAUUGAGAUAAGGGACGGCCUUCAAGGGCUUAGAAAUUAGCAUAUGAGCCUGCCUAGGUUUAGCUUUCAACUAAGAACACCAAGAGAACAAAGCAAAUUUGAUGAUAAAAGUAAAUUAGAAAGUUGCUUAAAGUGACAUGCCCUAUCUGAAUCAUAAAAGUUUAAUUUGGUUAGAUUGUCCCUUUUAAUACUUGCAGAAAAAACGUCCGUAGACUAAACCUGUAAAUAUUGUUAUAGUGAACUAAACCUGUAAAUAUUGUUAUAGUGAACUAAACCUGUAAAUAUUGUUAUAGUGAACUAAACCUGUAAAUAUUGUUAUAGUGAACUAAACCUGUAAAUAUUGUUAUAGUGAACUAAACCUGUAAAUAUUGUUAUAGUGAACUAAACCUGUAAAUAUUGUUAUAGUGAACUAAACCUGUAAAUAUUGUUAUAGUGAACUAAACCUGUAAAUAUUGUUAUAUUAAGAAUGUUUCACCUUCACAUAUCCCCCCCCUUUCCUUACAUAAACAUUGACCAAGCAUAAUUUAUUACGUUAUUUUAUUUAUUUUUAUUGUAUGAUCUAAGUGCAACUGUGCAAAGAAAAGAACAUUUUAUUUGACUCAGUGGAAUAUAUUAGGAGACAAACAAGGAAUGACUCUUUACAAGUAUUAAAAUAAAACAGAUUUCUGACUAGGCGUUAUAAUUAAAGGGACACGGAAGUUAAAAUGUACUUUUAAAUGUUAUUUUUACUUCUAUUAAAGGACCAUUAAUUACAGUAGGUUAUGCAUAAUACAAUGCAUUUUGAAUUUCAAAUGAGAUUUUUUUUUUUUUAUUCUGCAAGUUUAAAAGUUACUUUUUGUUUUCCUGCCCCGUGUAUUGUAACAGCCAUGUGCCAAUCUCAAAUGCAAAUACUUGCACAUGCUCAGUAGGAGCUGGUGUCUGAAAGUGUGCAUAUACAUUUUGAUAAUGUAAGUAAUCUGGAAAGUUGUUCCCCCCCCCCCCCCAUUUUGACUUCCAAAUCCCUUUUAAGUAUUGUUACAUCUAAGUAGAAUAUAUUAAAGGUAUAUUAAUCGCAUCUUGCUUUGUCUUUCACUCCCUAGAGAGGCCAAAAUUCUAAAUCUUCAACCUUGGUAUUCCGAAAGCUACUGAUUGUCUAAAUCAGCUGAUUUGCAGGUUACAGAAUUGGCUUCUUGGCCUUUCUAGGGACUGUGGGUCAGUUACAAGUUUUUACACAGAUAAAAAAGAUGAUUAUGUCCCUUUGCAAUUCCCAUAAGAUGUAAGCAGUUUAUAAAGGAGCACAAGCUAGCAUUGCCUUGUAGCUCCCCUGUGUAUCCCAUGGCCUGUGCUAAUUUGUCCUUUACUAAAUUCUGCUUUUACAUUUUUGUUCUUCCAUUUGUUGACUGUACUGACCGUUGUUUGUGCUAAUAAAAAAUAGCUUAUGUUUUGAAAAGUAA